UCCCUUUGCUAAGCAAGGUCUACGGCAUUAGCAUGGGAGACGACAUGUGCGAGCACGAUAAGAUCUUCCCCUUAGGGGAUGGGGCCACUCUGGGAAGAGCACUUACCGCCUUGCAUGCAGAAGGCCCCAAGUUCCCUCCCUGGUGGCAUCCUCAGAUAAGGCUGAGAGAAGAUGCAACUUUGGAGAAGCCAUUCAACAGAUGGACCAAUGCUCUGGCCGGCUAGAAAGCAGCUUCCUACGUCCUGAUGACUGUCACCGAGGACCCCCCACCCGUUCUAGAACCUGCAGUUCCCUAUGACCUCAUCGUCGGCCCAACGUCCAGUUCUGAGAUCGACAUCCAGUUCCGACUACUGGCUUUGCAACAUCCAGUACUGACAACUGGUUUAGCCGAGUUCCCUUCUGUAGGAGACUCCCGUCUCUUCCGGCAUGGAGCCGUCCCCUCCUGCUUUUUUGCUCACCCAAUUCCAAACGGCAGCCAACCGGCAAAUGGCAGCCAUGAGGAGCUGGAAGGAUCCGUUCGUCACCUUCACCUUCCCAAAGAAAGUCAUUUUCAUCAUCCUGUCCAUCUUAUUCUUGCUGACUCUCGGCGCCUUUCUUAGCAACGACUUGUUUCACUUCUUCUUCUCCCAAAAUGGGGACCUAAUGAGCUUCAGGUUCACCAUAGUGCUCUUGUUCUCACAUGUGACCAGUUUUUACUGGGCGUUGCUGGCAACGAUCUACACCCUGCAGGCGGACGACAACGUGCUGGUGUGGGUGGCUCUGACGUCCCUUGCUUGCAACUUUAUCUCCUUCCUCAUCCGCUUCUGCUUGGACUUCCUCACCAUCUCUUACCGGAAAGAGGAAUACAAGUAGCAGUGCCCGAGAGAGAGAGAGAGAGGCAAGGCAGGAGUUGACGGCCAGGCCCCGGCAGGGCACGACUCUCGCAACGCAAGAAGGGAAGCAGCCGAGGGAGCCUGCGAUUCAGCAACGGAGUUUAAUAGAAGACCCAAUAAACACGCUUCUGUGCCUGACA